UGUUAUUGAACGACAUUUUAUCUUGGAUAUAAUGUAUGAACAGAAAUUAAUUAAGUUUAGUAAUUUUAGCUUCUAUGACCCGUUUUUGUCAGUGUAUUUCGUUGAAAUUAGUUUUAUUUUGUUAAAUAUCCAAAAUAUAUUAUAUUUGUAAUCUAAAUACAUUGUGUAUCACACCGUUUUUUUUUGCUUAGACAAUAUAGCGGGAAAUUAUCGUUGUGACGCGUACAAACAUUUUCACAUAAUACUGUGAGAAUUGACAAUGUCUGAAGAAAUGGCGGUUGGUGAUAACGCGUCAAGCGAAGAACCUAUUACUGAUUCAAAUGGUUCGGCUCGAGGCAGCAUCGUUGCUUCAAUGGAGAAUGUAAAGGCUACUCCUUCUGAUCAAAAGAACGAUCCCCAGAAGGAAUCCAAAGAAGAAACAUUAACAGAAUUAGAAGUGCAAGUAUUCAUUGACCAAGAUGUAGAGGAUUCUGAUGGAGAAAAUGAUGAGGAUGAUAAUAAAAGAGGCAUGAAGCGCAGGGCAUCGUUGGCAUUCAGUGAUGAUUUAGAUACAGAGUUUAAAGGUUUUGAUCACAUAGAAGACAGUCAUAUUUCAGAAGCAUAUGCAAGAAUUGUGGCUGAAGAGGAUUGGAAGUUUCCGAGACGUCCUUCAGUAGAUGAAGACUUCAAAGGAUUUGAUGACUUUGAAGUAAAACCCAUACCUGACCACUACAACCAUGUGAUAGGCCGAUUGGAGAAUGAAAUAUCAGAGGCUGUGAAGAGCUAUACACCAAUUCGAAGUGUGAAGGCAGGAAUGCUUCCACCGACAGCCGGUAAACAGGUCCGACAAGAUACAGAUAGUUCGAGGCCAUCGUCAGCUCUCUCGUCGAGAUCAGAUGGAGAUGCUGCUCAUUUAACAGAUGCCUCAUCAUCACCGCUGGGCAGCGGACGCGGUCGUCGUCCCACCACCGAGAUGUCUUCUCCUUUACUCCGCGUGCCUCUGGAUCGCGGCUGGAAGAGGGAACUCGUGUACCGAGCGGCCCUCGACCCACACUCGAGACGAAAUGCUGACAUAUACUACUACACUCCAAGUGGGAAGAAACUCAGAUCAUCUAGAGAGGUGGCCGAACAUUUAUCAGGAACUGGUCUCAGUAUAGAAAACUUUUCAUUCUUCAAAGAACCACUAGGUAUUGAUGAUCCAGAGAGGGAAAUUAUUAGAGACGCGAAGGUAAUACGUCGUGGGGAAUCUCCAGUGCAGUCGCCUACACCGCCACAACCUGAAAGCAAAAGAACACCAAAGCCUAAGCCAGUUCCACCACCCAAGGAACUUGUGACACAGCCUGCCCCUGCUGAGCCAGAAUCAGUCAAAUCACCACCAUUAAAAAUAAAGGUUAAAUCAAUGGGGUCGAGGCUAAACAAUAACGCUACACCCCCCGCCCCCAAACAACAAAGACGACAAUCCGCGCAACAAACACCGCAGCAACAAACACAGACACAACAACCCACCACGCCAGCUGCCGACAACAACAACAGCGCUGCCUGGAAGAAACAGAGUGAGAAGGUAGGCCGUGGUCGAGUGGCGAAUGGUGCGGUGUCCAACCACUCGGCGCUCGCUUCGCCGAGACGCGGCGGCCGCGCGAAGAAUGACGAAGCCGAUACGUUCGCAGCAUUCUACAAGAGAGCGCAAGAGAAAGAGUACAACGUAGCGGUGCAGAUCUUCCAGUACAUGGGAAUGCGCGACCUCUCGAGGUGUGCACGCGUCUGCAAACUCUGGCGUCAGCUCACCUCAACGCCGCAGCUCUGGCGUCACGUCCGGAUGAAAAACUCGCACGUAAACGACUGGGGAGGGCUGUGUGCCGCGCUCAAGAAACAUGGCACUAAGUGGCUGGACCUGCGCAAGAUGUUGCUACCCACUGAUGACGCUGCGUUCUGGGACCAGUUUAUUGAGAAGAUUGCCUCCGUUGAUGUGUUGGAGAGGCUGGAGCUGUGCCGCUGCCCGGCGCGCGUGGUGGAGGGCGCGUGUCGCGGGCUGCCCGGCCUGCGGGCCCUGGCCGCGCCCGCCGUGCGCGACGCAGAGCUGGACCCGCGGCCGCUGGCGCUGCUGCCGCGGCUGGAGCUGCUGCGGAUUAAGAGUUUAUCCGGACUUUCACUUCAAAGCGACCUUAGUCCACUGAGCUCGCUCCGCGGGCUGCAGCACCUGUCUCUCACCUCUAUCAAGGAGCUGGGCUGGUGCGCUUGUGAGGUGGUGGGUCAGCUGGAGCAGCUGGAGUCUCUGGAGCUCGGCGAGUGCUCGUUCGGCGAGGGCUUCGCGGCGGCGCUGGCGCGGCUGGCCCGGCUGCGGCGGCUGCGGCUGGAGCGCGGCGUGCCGCCCGCCGUGGCCGGCCCGCUGCUGCGGGCGCUGGCCGCCCUGCCCAGCCUCACGCGCCUCGAGCUGGUCAACUUCGACGUCAAGGUCGGCUUCGACGAUGCCCUGGCGGAGUGUACAAACAUACAGAGACUACUCAUCAUACCCACAUAUGUCUCGCAAUCAGCUACUACCAAUAAACAGGUGCUGAGCGCGGUGCUGCGGCUGAAGGACACGCUGACGCACCUGAUGUGGGGCGUGACCAUCGAGCUGCUGCGCGUGACGGAGCUGUUCAUCGACCAGUGCGAGGCGGGCGGCGAGGGCGACGGCGCGGCCGACGGCGACAAGCGCCGCGAGCUCGGCGAGUGCAUCCCCGUGCUCAAGCCCGUGCCCGGCUGCCGGCUACCCGACGACGUGCGCCACGUGGCGGGCCCGCCGCAGGUUGAAAUUCUGCCGAUCCCGACUCUCCAGCGACUCCUGUCAGCUCAGCUCCCCAACACAAAGCUAAAGUUGCUACGUAUCCCGUUCCACGCCACCUGGCGGCAGACCCUCGCCGACUUCCACUAGCAUCCGGCCGCCGUCUGUCUUCCAGCACCCAUUAAAAGACAACCCUGUUUAGUACUAAUUUAUUAAAGGGGACUUAAUGUUAUAUGAAUACAUAUAAGGAAAUAUGGUCACGGUUGGGAUUCUAAUCUUAAUCAAAACCACAACAGCUUAUAAAGUUAUAAGCUUUGUUUCCACAGUAUUGUGUUAUUAAUACUAACAUUACUCUGUAUAAUGUAACAAUAACUGAACUAAGAAACUACAUAUGAAUACAGGAUUGUAUGACUUAUUUUCGUUUUUUAAAUACUUAGCUGAAAUAUAACCAUAUAAGGACAAGGUUUACAAGAUAAUCGAAAAGACUUCGCAAUCUUAUGUCUUGUUUGAUGAAUAAAAUUUACCUAACUUAUUUAUGUUGUAUGUCUUACAUACACCUUAGCCUUAUGAAGCAAUAUAUAAUAUAUAAAAUUCUCGUGUCAUAGUGUUAAACUUUGAACUCCUCCGAAACGGCUUGACCGAUUUAAUUUUGAGUGCAUAUUGGGUAGGUCUGAGAGUCAGACAACAUCUAUUUUUCAUCCCCCUAAAUGUUAAGGGUGGUCCACACGUUUUUUUUAUUAAUUUAUUUGAUUAUGACUCAGCCUUAAAAAAUACAUACAACUUCAAAUUUUCACACAUCUACGAUCAACAGUUACUUUUGUAUCGCGAUUUUGAUAUCGGCAAUACAACGUUUGCUGGGUCAGCUAGUACAUAUAUACAUAGCUUGUAAAAAGUCUGUCCAUCGCUUGUAUUUCCGGACCUGAUGUCAUUAACAAUUAGCGAGGGUUAUGAGUUCUACAAUAUAAAUGUUAUAGAAGCUAUUUUGAUGAUAAGCCGACGAAGCAACAAAUUUUGUGCGUGCUACUUAUCUAUGAAAGUAAAACCUCACGUAAUGAAUUGAUAAUUCCUUUCAUACAUCAAACAAUUAUUAACCAACCAAACGCCCAAAAUUCAGAAGUAAAAUAUACUAGAAAUGAAAGUUUGUAUGACAACACCGAUUAAUGUUCUUUUUCUUUUAAAACUAAGGCUGAGGUGAGAGAUUACUUAGACUUUGCUCAGACUUUACUUACGCAAAUAGUAGCCGAGUGAAAGCUUAGCAGUGUUUGUUUUUAGGGUGCCGGCGCCAAAUGGCAAAUAACGGAACCCUUAUAGAUUCGUCAUGUUUGUCUGUCCUUCCGUAUGUCACAGCAAUUAUUUCCGAAACUAUAAGACCUAUACUUUUGUAUUCUGAACCGCAUUAAGAUUUUCACACAAAAAAAGAAAAACAAAAAAUUUUGGGGUUGCCCCAUACUUAUAAAUGAAACUUAAAAAAAAUUGUGGCCUUCCCCCCUAUUAUAUAUGAUGUUAUGAUUUUACCAUGCAAACUUCCACCGAAAAUUGGAUCGAGACCGACCGAUUUCAUUCAAUCAACUCAAAUAUAAAGUUACAAAGAACUACAAGAACUUUUAUAUUAUGUUACUUGUUGCUACGGAACCCUUUAUGGGCGAGUCCGACUCGUACCUGGCCGCUUUUUAUAGUCAUUUGACAGCUGAAAUUAUGCUGAACUUAAAAGCUAAGACAGCCCAAUGCAAAAGUCAAUUUCGAGUUUUAUCACACUUGACUACGUUUCAUGUAAGUAAAGUCUAAGAACUAUAUAUAGAUCACCGCCUUAAAAGUAUGUUUCAAAGUGACGGGCCAAAAGAAAUAAAAUAUAUCUGCCUUCACACCCUAACGUAGAUUCACUCAAAGCUCGGUUGUAAUGCAAACAAUUUUUUUUUCUUUCCUUUUGGGAUUGCUUGCAUUACAAUCUAGCCUUUACUUAAUAAGUAAUUGUACUUUAACUUUAACUGCUAGAUAAUUAAACUUAGUUAAUUUAGAAGCAAUAAAUAAAUUUAAAUUUUGUCAAAGCCGUGACGAUAUUUUCUUAAAUUUAACUAGGGGCGUAAACGUGAUAUAUAGAUGUAACUUAUGAAUUAGAGCUAGAUAUAUCGACAAAUUAGACGCCAUAUCCCUAUUAGUGUGAAAUGUUGAUUGGCAUUCGGUACUAUGAUGGAGAUCACGAGUUUGAUCAGAUCAAACUGAUCUUGUAAAGAUGGCGGUAAUAUUUUAAUGGUUGAGUGAGUAUAGUUAAUUAAUAAACUCCGACGACGCAACGAAUAGCAAUUUACAAAUAUAGGAGCCGUGUAGUGCGGAACGCACUUUUCGACCUCAGUUUGUGUAUCUCAGUACCAGCGUAUCUAAUGGAAUAUGUUUUGCGUUUAAUUUGUGACCACUAGCUAUUUUUAGGCCAAACAACAGCGUCGUUUUCGUGGAGCCGGUUGUUUUGAGAGUGAAUUUCUUGAUAGUAGAUCAUUAUAUUAACACCAAAAAUUUAAUGCUAUUAGUAAUUUUGGGAAGUACAAGAAUAUGAAGCUUUCUGUAUUGUACGCACACGGGCUAAUUCGAACUGUAUGUGCGUUUCGGUCUUCAGCCGAUAUUUAAGUACAGAUUAUGUUUCAAUAGGGUCUAUGCAUAUGAUAUGUUUUUUUUUUAACUUUAUUCCUUUUAAAAUUCUACCUGCGUCUUUUUUAUCAUAAUUUUAUUUUUAGCAAGAAGUUAAUUUUUGAAAAGAGACUAUUAGUAUAGUUACACUAUUAAUGUCAACUGUCAUCCAAUCCUGUCAGUUUGUUUAUUAUUUGUAAUGAAUGACGUCAUGCCAUGGCAAGCCUUUAACUGCGUCGGGAGGCUAUAUUCAAAUUUUUAUGUACUUUUUGGGCGUUCAAUUUUUUUUAUUAUUAUUUAUAUAUAAUAAACCAUUGAAUUGAAAUAUAUGCAUAUUCCCUUUUAAUGUAGGUUUAUAUUUUUUUAAUGAUUCAAUCAACACAUUUUCAUUUCGAUGAUUUAAUCGUUGUUCGAUAUAAAUCAUGUUUAAUAGUUAUUACGUCAAUAAUUCAUGGUUAUAUAGUAUUGUGAGAAUUACAAAUUUGAAUUGUAUAUCAUUUGUUGCGGCAUCUUAUCACUUCAAUAGGUCAAGAUAUUUUACAUCAAUGCGCGAACAAGACGGAGCAAGGUGACUUGUAUAAGAGAAAAUAUUAUUCUAUGUAUAAAAUAGACGUAGUUGCUGAAAAACGCUCCUACCCACAAACAUCACAUUUUAAGGAAUUCGUGUUUAAAGUUAAAUAAAUAUUACUGUAUUCCGUAUGGAAUGUAUAUGUGUGUUGGGCUACUAAGUCAUGAUGUCAUUUAAAGAGUGACAGCAGGGCUGCCAUUUUUUUUCACCAAUCACGUCACCAGUUUUAUGUUCUUAACUGGAUUUCUACAUAAUUGUGGUUUGGAACGUUUUUCUGGAAUUUCGUCCAAAUUUAAAAAAUAUAAUAUUACUUGUUUAGCAAAGGCAUACUAUAAAAUGCACGUCGACUGUGUGGCAAAUGUGAGCAGCGAUUUUUGAUGAUUAUUACGUUAAACAUGGCUACCGGGCUCUUAUGUAAACAAGCAUAAUAGUUUUAUUUAACGACGGUGCCGCAUGUAACAACUUGAAGUACAGCUACGCUUAACGCAAACCGGAGUACAGACUUUCUGGUCAUACGACCAUUACGGUAAAACAACACCAGACCUGAACCGUGUAUUUACUUUAUAUGAAGUUAGCAAAGAAAAUAAAUUAAAAGAUGGAUACUGGACUCAAGACAGUGAGGCAUAGAUUAUAUAUAUCCAGUUAUAUACAAUAUUAUAUUACCAGUGGGAGCCUCGUUUGCACAGGAUGCCUGAUUAUGGGUACCACAACGGCGCCUCUUUCUGCCGUGAAGUGUGUAAGCAUUAAUGUGUUUCGGUAUGAAGGGUGCCGUAGCUAGUGAAAUUACUGGGCAAAUGAGACUUAACAUCUUAUGUCUCAAGGUGACGAGCGCAAUUGUAGUGCCGCUCGGAAUUUUUAGGUUUUGCAAGAAUCUUGAGCGGCACUGCCUUGUAAUGGGCAAGUUGUAUCAAAUACCAUCAGCUGAACGUCUUGAUCGUCUCGUCCCUUAUUAUCAUAAACAAAGAGUGUAAACAGCUUAAGUCUCAUUUGCCCAGUAAUUCCACUAGCUACUGCGCCCUUCAGACCGAAACGCAGUAAUGUUUACACAUUACUGCUUCACGGCAGAAAUAGGUGCCGUUUUGGUACCCAUAAUCUAGCCGGCGUCUUGUGCAAAGGAGCCUCCCACUCGUGUUGUGAUUCUGAGUUUGUUUAGUCACUGUAGGCUUGCCGCGUCUUGUUUGUGAGUUGAUGUGAUAUAAUAUUGAUUUGUGUAACUUUUGUCACCGUUAGGAACACACCAGUGUACAUUGACAAAUUUGAGGUAUAGUGUUUGCUAGUUAAUAAGAGAUGUAGCGAAAUAUUUUUAUGUAUCGGUCGGACGCAAUGAAAUAUAGUUAUAUUAUAAUAUAGUUUAAUGUAAAUAAUGUAGGGAUAGACUGGCGGGACACUCGCAGCUCGCGAACGUUCGAGGCGUUUUAUUUUAUAUGAGAUAUAAUAAUUAUUCGGAUUGUAUUAUUUCAUAGUAUGUUAACGUUUAUAUUAGCUUGGUUAAUAAUUGUAAAUUUUAGGUACAUUACUCUCUUUGAAUUCUCUUAUCUCAUACUUGACUCAAUUGCUUUUUCAGUGCUGUGAUAAAUGGUUGAUACUGACAUUACCGCGGAAAGUGUUUGUUUCACUCAAUAAAUAUUUUCUUCUCGUUGAACAUUACUUUUGCUUGUUCUUGAUGAGAAACUUUUUUGUGCCCUACAUCUGCCGUGCACAAUAGUUUCCUAUCGAAUAUGUGUAACUUAGGAGAUAAAAAUAUCAGAUCUAAGUUAUAGUUAGUUAUCCAUAAAAUAAUACAUAAAAUAUCUGCAGGAAUUUUGCUGUAAUUUUAUGUUUACAACUUUAAAAUGAUGACUUUACUACUGUGUUUUAAGAUCUUCAAGUAAUUUUUUUUUUCGAUAGUAUUUUUUACUACUUUUUUUACAAGGGAAGCAAGUUCAAUAAAGAGAUACAUUUAUCAUUUCAAUCGGUUGACUCGACGGUUGCUGUACAAUCGGUUUAGCUUGAACAUUGAACAAGAGCGCAAAAAAAAGAAUGCCGGGAGAGUUUCUUGCGCCGCUUCUUCUCUCUCAGAGCGACGGACGGUUGUUGUACAAUCGGUUUAGCUUGAACAUUAUUAAAUUGAGGGUAAAAGACGAGUUGGUUUGGGUAAUGUGUUUGUCAUCAACCUUGUAACCAAUCCACUCAAAUAACAUGUCAUAUCACUGACACCUAAAUUUAUGAUUAUUGAAAGUUUAGUAUGUCUGUAUGUAAUUAAGAAUAAACUCAAUUAUGUAAUGUAUGAAAUGCCUGAAAUAAAUGGUUUAUCAUUAUUAUUAAUUAGGUGUAUCGCAGUAGCCAAUAGAAAUUGCUCACGAUAUAUUGUGAUUCUUAAAAGACCAAUGAGCAUUCAGUACCCUGCGCCCGCUCACCUCAGUUGGUUGACUGCAAUUUUGUAUUGCAUAUCUAUUUAAGUAUUGGGAGUCUUCUGGGCUCGGUAAGGUCGAUGGUGGUAUUAUAUAUCUUCUCCUUUGUUAGAUGUGUAGUGCUCAGUGCGGGUAGGUGGAUAAUAUAUUAGAUGUGACAACGUUGCCAUGUUUAUUCAAAAAUCAGCAUUUAUCACAGCAUAAAUUUUGUGUUAAAUUAUUCGUACAUUUGGGUGUUUAAUUGUAUAAAGUAUAAUCUCUACACAAUUAUGAUUUGUGUAUUUUAAUUUGAAUAAUAUUUAGGUUUCGACAUGUCGCGUGUAGAAAUUGUGAUCUAGCAGUCGUUUGUCGGAACGAUAUGAUAAUUAUUAUGUUAAAACUAAUACUUGAUAUUAAGUAUUGGCGACCGAAUAAACAGUUGUCCCAUA